AUGACCACCACCAGUCCCUCCCGCGAGGGCACAGCAGCAGCACCACCGCCGACCGCCAACCACAGCUCGCUCAUCCACACGGACCUCCAGCCGCCGCCCUCACCACGCACCCACCGCGCCCUGCGCCGUCUCCAGUCCGCGCACACCCUCGGCGCCAAAGCCGCGAGCCAGGGCGGCUCGCUCAUCUCGCCGCACUAUCGCGACGCGCUGCACCGCAAUGCCUCGCCUGUGCGCAACGCCGCUCCUGCUCCUGCUGCUGCUGCGACGACGACGACGACAGUGGCAGGGCCGCCAGUGACGACGACGACGCAGCAGAAGCAGCAGCAGAACCGCGGACGCGCCAACAGCGAUGCCAUCUCUCCAAUGAUGCACCAGAUGAACGCCGUGGGCGCCACGCGACGGACGGGCAUCAGCAAACCCGUCUUUUCGCACGGCCACCUCUCGCUGCAGCAGAUUAUCCGCGAGGGCCCCAAGGACGGCGACUUCAUCGGCGCCCUGGAGAGCGCGCGGUGGAAAGUCGUCGACGAAGGCGUGAAAAGCGCCGAAGACGGGAUGUCCACCCUCCGCAUCUACGUCUGGCUCGUCCUCCUCGACGCCCCCAUCAUGCCCACCGACGACUACCUCGGCCUCAUCCACCGCGGCGCCUCGCCCGCCUACGCCAAGAUCCGCAACGACACCUUCCGCACCCUCACCACCGACCCGCUCUUCCGCCGCCGCGUCAGCGAGGCCAGCCUCAUCCGGCUCCUCAACGCCAUUGCCUGGAAGCUGCACGACGCGCGCGAGGAGGAGCGCCGCGCCAACGGCACCUCCGCCAGCAGCCGGCCGGGUAGCAGCCACUCCGCCGCGCGGCCCACGCGCGAGUCUCUGACCGGCGGCAGCAUGUCCGGCGCUUCCCGAGGCGGAGGCGGCCCGGAGCCCGGGACGUAUGUCCAGGGCAUGAAUGUGCUCGCGGCGCCGUUCCUGUACGCCGCGCGCAGUGAGGGCGAGGCGUUUGCGGCCUUUCACACGCUCCUGACGAGGGAGUGCCCCGCGUACAUCCGCGGCGCCAUGACGGGCGUCCACCGCGGCCUGGCGCUCGUCGACAAGGUCCUGGCCAUCGUCGACCCGCGCCUCAGCAUGUACCUGACGGCCAAGGGCCUGUCGGCCGAGAUUUACGCGUUCCCGUCGGUGCUGACGCUGUGUGCGUGCACACCGCCGCUGCCCGAGGUGCUCAAGCUCUGGGAUUUCCUGUUUGCGUACGGGCCGCACCUGAACAUCGUGUGCAUCGUCGCGCAGCUCACGAUUAUGCGCUCGCAGAUUCUGCAGUCGCCUAGCCCGAAUAAAGUCCUGCGGUCGUUUCCGCCGCUCAAUGCCGACCUCAUCAAGAGCGUCACCAUUGGCAUCAUCAAGCAGAUUCCCGACGAUGUCUACGCCGACAUUGUCGUCCACGCGCAGUAG